AUGAAGAGGGAAAGAAGAGAAGAACAAGAAGAACAAGAUUCAAGACUUACAAAUUCAAGGGACUUUCAAACUCCUUUUGCUUGUCAAUCUGAUUUUUUUGCUUCUUGGGUGUUGCCUGAAAACAUACGAACAAAGUUUGACAUCCUAGAUUCUCAUGACAUUGAGUACUAUCAAUGGGUGUCCGACGUGGAAAUCACGUUCGUUAGAUUUCAAUUUACUGCCGCUAUCAAACCUUCAAAGGAUGAUCAGGAGGAAGCGUCCGAAUAUGUAAAAGCCCAGGCCCUGAUGUAUCUCAGGCGCCAUAUGGACAAGGUGCUUAACAAACAGUGUCUAAAAUACAUAGAUCGAAAAUUUCUUUUGGGUAAUCUCAAGGAACGGUUUAACAAUGUGCAUGAUGCACGACAACCCAUUCUUGUGGCAGAAUGGAGAUCUAUACGUCUACUGGAUUUUGGCAAGGUUCAUGAUUACCAUCAGGCAAUGUUAAACCUCCAAACAGACUUGGGCGUAUGCGACAAGGAGAUGACAGAUGCUGACAUGAUCAAGAAAACCCUCGAAACUUUCCCAGAAUCUGCAAGUGAAAUAACUCACCAAUAUCGCCUUGAUUACGAGGCCAAAAAAAUUAAGAGUUUUGCAAAUUUGAUGAACCUUCUCAAGAAGAAGGAAUGUCACCAUGAGAUCAUUCUCACAAUCUAA